AUGGUCCUAGCAGUAAAUAAAUACGAACAAACUGUGGAAUGCAGAGCAAUAUUAGACACAUGCUCAUCAGCAAAUUUCAUAACGGAAAAUCUAGCCUUAAAACUAAAAUUACCAAUGAAAUGCUGUUAUAUCCCUAUAGGAGCUGUAAAUAACCUUACCACGGUCGCAAAGGCCUUUGUCUCCCUUACAAUUCGUUCCUUGUAUAACGAUUAUCAAAAAACAUUUAGCUUUCUAAUAAUUCCUCAAAUAGCAAAUCUAAUUCCCAAUGAAAAAGUUUCCAGUGAUCUAAUUCCAAUUCCACCUAACAUCCAGCUUGCUGAUCCUUUAUUCCAUAUACCUCGUCCAGUUGAUUUAUUGUUAGGUUCGGGUCCAUCAUUAUCUUUAUUUUGUAUUGGUCAAAUUGAUUUAUCACCUCAAUCAGGGAAUCAAUUACUUCUGCAAAAGACUCGUCUUGGUUGGGUAGUAGGCGGUAGUGUUUCAAAUUCAUCUACGUGUCCGGGAGAAAUUAAAUGUCACCUUUUAGAUUUACAGACAUGCAUAACAAAAUUUUGGGCAUUAGAGGAAGAAAGAAACAUAGUUCACCUUUCCGACGAACAAAAAAAAUGCGAAAAUCAUUUUCGAGAACACGUUAAACGAGAUGCUAGUGGUAAAUUCACCGUAGCCUUACCGUUCCGUGAUAAUUUUAAACAGUUAGGAAACUCACGAAAUAUUGCCCUAAAACGUCUUUAUAGUUUAGAAAGAAAGCUCAAUAAAUCGCCAGAAUUAAAAGAUCAGUAUAACGCAAAUUUGCAAGAAUACAUUGAUUUAGUUCGAUUUUCGAUGGAUCGAUUAAAUUAG